AUGAAGCUUUUAGUGCUUCACUAUGUCGGCCGCGGGAGGGAUCGAUUCACAUUUCACCGGUACUCGCUGCUCGCUAGACGCCCGUCACUAGUCGCUAGCCGGCUACCGGUCGGCGGUGCGACGUUGCCGCUCCGUCUGAAGCGGUCCGUGCUGCGAGCUGCGAGGUUGCCGCUCCGCCGUCCUGUUUUGUUUGGGUGGUGUGACGCUGCCGGCUCCCGGCCGCGGCGCCGAACCUCCUAUAAAAAGUGA